AUGACAACCACUCAACACCAGCAGAUGGUGUAAGAAUAUGUGUCCAUGGAGUUCUCCAGCUCCACCACCCACAAGGAGACCUUCUCCCAGACAACCAAGACCGUGGGAGGGAAGUGGAAUGGGUGGGGAAAUAUGAAAUGGGGUCUUCCUCUGAACCCACUCAUGGGAAAUAAAGCACUGUCCAGAACCCUAGUGCAGGGAACCCCCAAGCCUACCAUAUCCUGGAGGAGGAAAAGGGGAACUGCUAAGAUCCUCUAUAACAAAAUCAACAAGGAACACAUGCUAAAGCUGACCUCAGGUGACUCAGACGACUACAGGUACAUUACAAACAAUGAGCACACAGAUGCCCUUACACCAUCCUUUCUGGAAACAGAGGCUGGGCCUCUGAAGCAUCUCAAAGGCUUUGUCACAAAAGCCCUGAGUUCAAAGCCCACAGAGAGUGGAAGGUUAUCUCAAGGUCUCAAGGUCGGUACAGAAGGAAACACCCCCUCCCCCCCCCAAAAAAAGAAGCAGGAGGUGACAAAUGAAAAAGAGAUGCUGAUGAUUUGGGCCAAGGUACCCAAUAAGGACUUUUCAAAGGUCUGUAUGGGCCAUGGUUUUCCUGACUUGGAAGGACUGCUCAGAAAGUCUGUGUCCUGGGCCCAGACACAUAAUGAGUGCUCUGUCAUUAGAAUUCUGAAGCCACCAGAAGAUGCAGAAACCAAGGUUGACACAACCAAUGUCUUCACCUACAUCAUGGAGCUGAAGGACCCCAUCCCGAAUAAGCCACUGAAGUUCAUGGAAGAAAUGAAACUGGUGGCGGUGACCAUGCAGACGGCUGUGUUUGAGAUCCACGCCUCCAAGGAAGAGAAUGACUCUGUGUAGCAGUUCCACAGGAAGCAGCUGAAGAAGGAUCACAAGUAUGAGAUUUCACCGUCUGAGAAUGGUCUGACUCACACGAUUAGGAUCAAAGAUGCCAGACUCAGCAACGUGUAGGUUCUCAGCCCAGUUGGGAACUUGGUACAGAAGGGUUGUCUCACUGUCCAUUGCCUUCCCUUUAAAUCUAUAAGCAGCUUCAAAAAUGCAUAUGUAAGAGAGAGGAGUAGCCCACACCUUGAAUGUGAUCUGAUAUCUAAGGAUGUGUCACUACCCUCAGAGAAAGAUGAGUGACUGCUGUCACAUAGCCUCAAGUACAGUGUGAGCAAGCAAACUGAGAUGGUAGUUAAUGAUGCACAGAGCAAAGAUGGUGGGGAAUACACCACAGUGGCCAUGGAGGGUGGGGACCCCACCGAAUACUGCAGUGAGGAAUACAUGCUUAUCUUCCCCAACAUGGGCACAGAGCAUGAAGGCAAAAACACAUUCCAGGCAAAGUGCACAGAAAAUGAAGCCUACAUAUCCACUGCACUUCCUCCCCAACCCCCUGAUGCCUUGCCCUGUAGAUCUCCUUUCAUUGACUCAUCCAUCUGGAAAAUACUAGCUGUGGUGACCAUGAAGGUAGGCUACAUGGCUUACAUUAAGGUGCCCUUCCAAACAAGGUUAUUACCCAAAGUGACCUGGUUCAAGGAGGGUAUGUGGGUGCCCAAGAGGAAGCAAGAGGAAGCAUGUGUUCAUGGAGGAGCUCAGGGAGACCAGGACCUGCUCACCAUCUCCAAUUGUAUACAGAAAGGAUGGGAUGGGCCAGUGCUUGGCUACUCUGUCGAGUGAAGAAAGACAAGCAAUAAUCUGUGGGUUCCAGUCAACAAGGACCCCAUUCAGGUUCUGUAUAAGGCCACUCUAGUACAUCCCAGCAUGCCAAGCAGUGCUGUGGUGGUCAAGGGUCCUAUUAAACCUCCAGGCCUGCCACAGGGCCUAAACAUGUCUGAUUCUUCUAACUCAGUGGUUCUCAACCUCCAGUACAGCUGCUGUGAGCCUGUAGAAGGGACCGUAGCUAGGACAUCCAGCUACAUCCUUGAGAUGAGUGAAGGCAGCAAGAAGAGUACCAAGGGCAUGGAAGAUGCCAUCUCGGGUACCCACUACAUGGCAGGGAUCCUGACCAAGAUGCCAAAAAACUUCUUUCAUAUCCGAAUUGUCAGUGAGGCUGGGGUUAGAGACCUGAGCCCCCAGUUUGACCUCAGUGCCGGGCUGAACCACACAGUGUUGGGUGCUGGGACAGCCCUCUGCAUACAUGCAGUCUUCUAUGACUCACCACCACCCACUGUGACCUGGCAGAAAGACAGCAUCACCAUCAAGGGCUGGAAAACCAUCACCAAGGGCAAAAAUUAUCCCCAAUUCCUCAUUAGCAACACCAAGUAUUCUGACUACAGAGAGUAUCAGAUCUUGCUUCAGAAUGAGUUUGGAGUCACACACUAUGGCUCCUGUACCUGUCUACUAAGUAUAGAAACUAGGCAUGGGAUUUCCGGACCUCCUGCAAACCUACAGCUAUUUGAAGAGGCCUCCAACAUGGUAACUCUGACCUGGAGCCAUAAUCUUGAUCUCCAGGAAGAUGGUGGUGCCCACUGUCAACAAGUACAUGAUGGCACAGCAGGAAAUGCUAUUUCAGAAUGUGAGAACCUGAGCACCAAGCUGAAGUUCUAUCAUCAGGACUGGCACCAUGCACCCUACUCUCUGACCCGACUCAAGCUCACUGUGGUCUGUGGCCAGGACUACACCAUGACUGGCACCUUCCUUGGGAACCCAUGGCUCCUGGCUAUCUACCAGGGUGAUGUCAACAUCACUGUCAAUUCAAAGCUCUGGCACAACUUUGCCGGCAGCAUAUGUAAACUGGUCAUCUCCCACCUACGCACGAAAGGACAGCAGUGA